AUGCAACAUUUUUCUAAGAUCGAAGUUCAAGGGUCUCGCCCUGAUGGCUACUGGGUCGAAGCCUUUCCAUUCCAUACCAAGGAUACUCAGGCUCCUGAUCUUGUCGGGUACGGGUUAGGCACGUCUCAAGAUGCGAGCAAGAUUCAUGUUUUCCGCAAUCCUUAUCGAAAGGGACAAUCGUCUAUACCGCCCCCUACGGGUGAUUGGCAAAAUAUCCACGUUGCAACGCUCCAAUUUCCGGUCGCUUUCUGCUGCGCCGAUAUAUCUGGGAAUGGAUAUAACGACAUCAUUCUUUCUGACACCUAUGGCUCCUCUAUGAAUGACAUCUGGUCUGACGGCGGUAGAGUUAGUUGGUUUGAGAAUACGGGCGACUACAACCGUGAGGUUUGGACGCAACGAUAUAUAGGCCGCAGUCCCGGUAUGCACCGACUGAAAACGGGUCAUUUUACGACCAGCAACGCAGUCCAAAUCAUUGCCGUCCCUAUCGUUAUCAAGUCGGGUGAUUUUGAGAGUCCUGCGCCGGUUAUUAUCUACACCGCUCCUCCAGAUCCCAGGAGUCCCCAAGUGGACGGGGGCUGGCCUAACGAGAUCGCUUUCAAGGACACGUUUCGCCUGGUUCAUGAGAUCACUGUUAUUCCCGGUGCGAACAAUGGCCUGGAUCAGGUAUUACUGGCCGGUCGCGAGGGCAUCAGCCUGAUUUGGUAUAAUGAAACCUCCAAGAAGUGGAUGUCUGAGCACUUGGGAUCUGGCCUUAGUCAAACUCGAGGAAAUCCCUUUUGGGGAUCCGGGUCAGUGGAUGUUGCGAAGGUCCACGACGACUCCGCGGGAUAUAUCGCGUCGUGCGAGGCGUUCCAUGGCAAUACUGUGUCGGUGUAUACCAAACCGACCAAUGCUCCCAAAAGCCAGCUUCGAGGAGUCAAUUGGACUCGGCACGUCCUCGAAGAUUUCGGUCCUCUCAACAAGGAACACACCGGCUCCAUACAUUACGUGGUCUGCGCUGACAUCGAUAACGAUGGGGUUGAGGAGCUUCUAGUCGCGUUGAUGGGCUCCGAUCCACCGUCCUGGGAGAAGACGGGCGUGUGGUGCUACAAACCGGUCGACCUCCAGAAAGCCAAAUUUUCCAAGAGGAAGCUCAGUGAUAAUUCAGCCGGUCGCAUUGCCAUAGCUGAUUUCAAGAGCACGGGCGUACUGGAUUAUGCGACUAUCUCCUACUCCGUCCCAGGCUACUUCGUAUCACCGAACCCAUCUAUUAACGCUUUUAUCAAUGCGCCUAUCACAGCUGAAAGACUGAACGACGAGGUCCUCUUUCGUGUUCCGCGACCUACUGCGGCACCAGGCAUCGACGAGGUUAUGUUCCUCGAUGUUGCUAGUCGUAAACUUGCACUCGUGGUGGUGCCCCCUCAUCAAAAGUAUGCGAUUGCACAAGGCGAUGGAAUCAAGGUCAUCGCAGGGCGGGUGACUUGGACGAAUGCGAAUGACACAACGCAUGAACGUACCAUUGCUACUGCACCAUUCACAGCAGUAUCCACCAAAAUCGACGCAAAGGACGGGCAUGUCUACACUCAGGCGGAGGGAGCCGUUUUCGUUCUCAUGAAACACUCCACCACCUCCGGUGCCCCGCCCUACUCCAACAUGAAGCAGCUGGCGGCGCAUAACCUCUUUAACAGUCGCUUCCCCAAGGAUCUACAACACAUGUCAUUUCCCUGGGUGAAGGUCGAGGAUCGUCCUUGGGCUAAUGGCGGUUUCAAGGGCCUAGAAUUCUACAAUCUGACCGGAUUUUAUGUCCGCUAUGCCGACGACAGCGAUGAUCUUAUCUGCCACAUCCAACUGUGGACCGCUGGAGUAGGCGUAAGCGCCGGGUUUCACAACCACACCGACAAGUCGUUCUGCGAAAUCCAUGCGUGUAUAGUGAACGGGACGGGCAAGGGUGGGAUGUAUUGGGCGACGGUGGAGGACGAACUGUUUGAUCCCGCGAAACCGGACGAGGACAAGUACACGGGAAUCGCCGUACCAGACAUGAGCGAACAUGGUCCGCUAUGGCGAACGAGCGAGGACGGGCUGCCGCUCCUUCGUUCGAAUGAUACCGUGAACUAUCCAUGGCACGCCUGGAUUGCGGGCAAAUCGCCAACAGCAGGGCAGAAAUUCGAUGUCUGGCUCGCGUUCGAAUUCCCACCUUUCGUCGCCGAAGCCGAGCAAACCGCCAAUAUGGUGACCUUGAAACCUGGCAAGUAUCGUAUCUUCAAUCCGGCCUCGCAGUUGGAGCUGCAAGUGCAAGGCGGAGAGUCGAAGGACGGUGCACCGGUGGUGGGGCAUAAAAAGGGACCUGGAUCGCAAGCGUGGGAGAUAUCUGUCAUUCCCGGAACGCGCUUCCAGCUGUUCCAUAAUGACGUCAGUCGCUCCAAUGCCACGGUCGUGUGGCCUCCUACGGCUGGCCAGAAGGUAGUCGGCAGUCGCUCCGCGGCCCGCUUGGACCUCACUUCUGCUUGGGCACUCGCAUCCGCUGGUGGAAACACGUAUGAGGUCAGGCUCAUCGGAACCCACCUCGUUCUGGAGGUUGAUGCACAUGGCAAAGUUCAUAUCUCGCCGAAGGAUCUGGUACCAAGGGAGUCGCAGAAAUGGCACUUCGAGGCUGUUUCGUCAACAUGAAUGUGGGCAAAGUCAGGAAUGGUCCUCUGAAUGUGCGCCACGAGAAGACGUUUACGUUGGGUACGAUUAAACGCUCUAGAACUUUGCCGUCGUCGUAUCAUGAUUCUAUGGCACAAUGAGGACGC